UGAAAAACGAUAAAGCUGCAAAAAACCAUGUUCAUUUUGACAAGUUUGAUCCAUUGAAGAAGAAAAGAAAAAUGCAGUCCAUGAAGGAAAAAGCAGCCAACGUCGCGGCUUCGGCCAAAUCUGGCUUGGAAAAGACCAAGGCUACCAUGGAAGAGAAGGUGGAGAAAGCAAGAAGCAAUGACCAAAUGGAGAAACAAAUUGCCAAGGAAAGGAAAGAGGAGAGGAUCCACCAGGCGGAGCUUAACAAACUAGAGGCUCGUCAGCAUAAUGCGGCGGCGAAACAAGCCGGAGCGGAGGGCGGAUUCACCGCAACGGGAACUGGUACUUACAAAGCAACUGGGACUCACUCUUAUUCCACCACAGGGGAACGUGGACAAUCCACUGGAGCUCAUCAGAUGUCGGCGUUGCCUGGACAUGGGAGUGGGCAGCCUGCAGGGCAAGUGGUUGAGGGUACUGCUGCUGCCCAUCCUAUUGGGUCAAAUCUUGGUGUGGGAGGGGCCAAAUCACAUAAUACUCGAGUGGAAGGAAAUCCCCAUGGAUAUGGUACUGGAGGGACUACCAGUUAAUCCCUUUUUUCUUGUUUUAUUAAAGGAAAUAAGUAAUGCAAAACAUGAUGCAGUUAUGUUAUGAUAGAAAUCAAAUAUUGAGCUUCAUAGUCUGAAACAAGGUUUUUGCAUGAAGCUUGAGCCUAAUGGUUAUGAUAACGCAUAGACAUUAACUUCAACAAAAAUCAACUUUUAUUGAAUGAGUAAAUUAAAUUUGUAUGUUUUUAGGGAAUUAAAGCAAAGUUUUCGAUAGGUGAUCGCUUUUGGUCACUCACUUUGACAGCUAA